AUGUCAUUUAAAGGAUUCAAAAAGGGUGUCCUUAGGGCCCCACAGACAAUGCGUCAGAAAUUCAACAUGGGAGAAAUCACCCAAGAUGCUGUUUAUCUCGAUGCUGAAAGAAGAUUCAAAGAAAUCGAAAUGGAAACAAAAAAGUUGAGUGAAGAAUCCAAGAAAUAUUUCAAUGCUGUCAAUGGGAUGUUAGAUGAACAAAUUGAUUUUGCCAAAGCCGUGGCUGAGAUUUAUAAACCAAUCAGUGGUAGAUUAUCGGACCCCAGUGCUACGGUGCCAGAAGAUAACCCACAAGGUAUUGAAGCAUCGGAACUGUACCAAGCAGUGGUUAAAGAUCUCAAAGAUACCUUAAAACCCGAUUUGGAAUUGAUUGAAAAAAGAAUUGUUGAACCAGCACAAGAAUUAUUGAAGAUUAUACAAGCUAUAAGGAAAAUGUCAGUGAAAAGAGACCAUAAACAAUUGGAUUUGGAUCGUCAUAAGAGAAAUCUUUCUAAAUAUGAACUGAAGAAAGAAAGAACUGUUAAAGAUGAAGAAAAAAUGUUCAGUGCUCAAGCAGAAGUAGAAAUUGCUCAACAAGAGUACGAUUAUUAUAAUGAUUUGUUAAAGAAUGAAUUGCCAGUUUUGUUUCAAAUGCAAAGUGAUUUUAUCAAACCAUUGUUUGUUUCAUUCUAUUACAUGCAGUUGAAUAUUUUCUACACAUUAUACACUAGAAUGGAAGAGUUGAAAAUUCCAUAUUUUGAUUUGUCUACUGAUAUUGUCGAAGCUUAUACUGCCAAGAAGGGGAACAUUGAGGAACAAACCGAUGCUAUUGGAAUCACUCAUUUCAAAGUCGGGCAUGCCAAAUCCAAAUUGGAAGCCACUAAAAGAAGACAUGCUGCUAUGAAUAGUCCACCUCCUACCGGUGCCAGCUCUAUUGCAUCUACAGGUACUGGUGGUGAAUUACCUGCAUACUCCCCAGGAGGUUACAACCAACCAUAUGGUGAUAGCAAGUAUCAACCACCAUCUUCUCCAGCAACAUACCAAUCUCCAGUAGUAGCAGCCACUGCUCAAUCUCCAGCUACUUAUCAAUCGCCAGUGGCUACUGGACAACCUCCAUCAUAUUUACCACAAACUCCAGCCAGUGCUCCACCACCACAAGUUGGUAGUGGCCUUCCAACAUGCACGGCUUUAUACGAUUAUACUGCACAAGCCCAGGGUGACUUGACUUUCCCUGCAGGAGCUGUUAUUGAAAUUAUACAAAGAACCGAAGAUGCCAACGGAUGGUGGACUGGUAAAUACAAUGGUCAAACCGGUGUGUUCCCUGGUAAUUAUGUGCAAUUAUAG